AGUACACAUCACCAAAAUGGCUCAACCUACUCAGAACAAGCAAUGGCUCACCAACCAGGAUGGUUCUUCGAAACUCUACCGAGGCGAGACUUCUGUCCCCCAGCCCGGUGAGAAGGAGGUCCUGGUCAAGAUUCAGGCUGUGUCCUUGAACUACCGCGAUACCGAGGUGGCGGAUGGACUUUACAACCAUCACAAGAGUUUGACUGAGGAAACCAAAGCCGUCGUUGUGGCAUCAGACAUGUGUGGAACCAUUGUCAAAGCCGGUCCUGGAGCAUCCCUGAAGGAAGGCCAGAGAGUCGCGUCUAUCUUCCUCCAGACCCACCAGACAGGCCAGGUUCAGGAGAGUGACAUGGCAUCCGGCAUGGGUCUGCCCUUGGAGGGCGUUCUCCAAGAGUACCGUGUCUUCNCCGACACUGCUCUGGUCACCGUUCCCGACUAUCUGAGUAACGAAGAAGCUGCGACCCUGCCAAUCGCUGGUGUGACUGCCUUUAUGGCCAUGAACUGGAAUCAGCCAAUGGGAAAGCCUGUCAGCAACCCCGAGACAACGGUCUUGUUCCAGGGUACCGGAGGAGUCUCGAUCAGUGGCUUGCAAAUCGCCAAGGCAUGUGGCCUGAAGAGUAAAANNGCCAUCAUCACUUCAUCUUCGGAUGAGAAGCUUGAGAGAGCCCGUCAGCUUGGAGCCGACUACACUAUCAACUACAAGAAGUUCCCCAAUUGGUCCGAGAAAGCGAUGGAGUUCACCAAGGGCAAGGGUGUCGAUAUCAUCCUCGAGUGCGGCGGUGCCCAAACCGUGCGCCAGAGCUUCGACUCUAUCGCCUUCGGUGGCCUCAUCUCGAGCAUCGGUUACCUCUCUGGCAAGCAGGACACCGAAAGCGAUGCUCUCAACAUCAACGUCCUGGCAUUGAGACGCAAUGUCACUCUGAAGGGACACAUCAAUGGACCCAAGGAUCGUUUCGAGUCGAUGCUGCAGCUCUAUGCAGAGAAACAGAUCCACCCAGUUGUAGACAAAGUCUUUAGCUUCGAUGGGGCAAAGGACGCUAUGCAAUAUCUUGCCAAGGGCGGCCAUUUCGGCAAGGUCGUCAUCAAGGUCGCA